UAUUGUGAUGCUAGCUUAGGGCGAUUUUUUUUAUUUGGCUAACGUUAUACACUUUGACAACUAAUUUCCAAGCCAAAGGAGAUCUUGACUGAUACUCUGCCAGAUUAUGAUAGCUUUAUUUAGUGAAGGAGAAGCAGUAAAUGUCAUACUUGAUAUGAUUUUUAUAGUCAACUUCGCUAACAAAACCCAGCUAACCAACAACUGGUACCUCAGCGAACUAGCGAUGUUUAGGGGCCCUCAGAUCCUGAAUUGUUCUAGUUCCUUAAGGUCAUUGCUGCUAUUGAGAGAUUUCCACCUUUCUGCUUUCUCUGAGCACGCUGGAGCCAUAUGGCAGGGCACGAAACAUGUGAAGGAAAGGAAAAGCAUUCCUGGAAAGAGCAGAAGCAAAGAGAAGUCCUCGCUGUCCACAGAGACUGUAUCCUGUUCAACACAGCUGUGUUUCCUUAGAUUGGACUGUGAUUAUCAAAAGCUGACAGGUUCUUUAUUUCAAAACCUCCUAUCUAAAGCCAUUUCAUCUAGCCAUCAUCAGUCCCCUCAGAUUUUUGCCUCUGAAAAAGCUAAACAAGCAUCUUAUCCUUGGAAAUGCACUAAAGUGGAAGAUUUGGUUCAAAACCCCAAAGCUGUGAGCACUUACUGUGAUUGUUUAAUGAACACAACAUGCCUUCAACCCUGGAGAAGGUCUUGGGACCUCUGCCCACCUUCACUCAGUUUACCCAGUAAGAAUCAAUGCAGCCUUUUUCAAAGCCAUUCAUAUUACAGGCAGCACUCUGUCAGAACUUUCAGCUCAUCAACACAUAUGCCACGGAUUUUAAACCAUUAUCACAGUGGACCACAAACCCCCAGCUUCUUUUUUCAGCACACCAAAGCUAUUCAUCAGGUUGCCUCUUAUGUGGUAGACGCUUGGAGAAACUGUCUAUCCCUAGAGAAUGAAAACAGGUGUCGACAGAGCCUGGGGCUCAACUUGAAGUUCUAUGAGAUGGAAAAGGGGAAACAAGACACAAGUCAGAGCCAAGGAAAGAACCGGGAGACAUGGGCAUCUGUCUUGGUCUCUCUCUGCUCUGUUGGGGGGGAGCCAUCGUUUCUCUUCACACUGCGCUCCAGCACAUUGAAGGGCAGGCACAAGGGGGAUGUCAGCUUUGCAGGAGGGAAGAGUGAUCCAUCAGACAGGGGUGUUGUGGCCACGGCACUGAGGGAAGCCAGGGAGGAGCUGGGUAUUAAUGUGACAGCAGAGAGGGUCUGGGGUGUCCUGAAGCCUCUCAGGGACAGAUCAGGGAUGCUGAUUGCUCCUGUGCUGGCUAACCUCGGUCCCGUAGAGGAGUUGUCAUUCAAACCAAACCCUGGAGAGGUGGAAGAGAUCUUCACUUUGACUUUGUCCCACUUGUGCAGUCCCCAGAACCGUGGCUACACACACUUUCGCACCGGUGACAAGUAUGGAUACACACUUCCAGUGUUUCGUAAUGGGAAGCAUCGAGUGUGGGGCCUGACCGCUGUUGUUUUGGAUCAUACCCUGAAACUCAUUGUCCUGCCUUAGCAGCUCAAUGACAGUGAUUUUACUGUUUACAGUACAAAAGAACACCAUGUGACUCAGAGAUUGGAUUGUUUUGGUCACUAAUUUGUAGGACAGAUAUGGAGUAACAUCAACAGGCAGGGCCAAUACUUUAUUCCGUCCUGAACAUUUAUCAGUAUAUUUAUAUAUCUACAUAUUAUGGACUUAAAUGCUUACAAAUCUUUAUUUAAUUCAACUUUGGCUCUUCUACACCAACAGUUGUCAAUUAUGUUUAUUUUAACAAGUUAAAUCAUAUGUCACUGUGAUAACCAUGACUUUCAAAUGAGGCUUGUUUGUUACAUUUUAUUAUAUUGGCUCAGCGAAGCACUGCUGUAACUGUAGGGUUCAAGAUAUCAAGUGUUAUUCAACUGAUGUCUGUGUCCUGCUUUACCUCACACCAGAUCAGAUAUGGCCUGUUGUAAGCACUGAAAUAUUAGAAGCACAUCAUGGUGUGUUGAGGAACAAUGCAAUAAAGUUUGUUUUAGAGGUA